GAGAGGGAUGCAAGGGGGGGGUGGAGGAAGGAAGGCAGGAAGCAGGAGGGGCGGCCCGACGUGGCGCGCCGGAGGGAGGGGAUGGGGGGAGGAGGCGAAGCGGAGCCGUGGCCCGUGCGCGCCUCUGGCUCCCCGUGCAAUUUGCAGCCAAUCAUCGGGAGGUGGCCGCAGCAGCCUCCCGCAUCCUCCUCACCUCCUCGGCGCGGCCGCGCUCCUCGCCGCCACCCCGCCCGCCCCUUCGCCUCCCUCCCCCGGCAACCACACACACACACACAAAACAGAGGGGGGGGGGAAGAAACUCCUCCGGCGGCCUCCCUCCCCUCCUCGCACACAGCGACUGGAGAGACGCACGGAGCGCAGCGCGCAGGGGAGAGACCGGCGAACACACAAGGCGAGCGCUCUCGCACAUCCAGGCGCACACGCACGCACGCCCCCCCCCCCCCCCUUCACACAGUCACACACUCGCGGUGCCUGCUCUUUCCUCUCCCCCUCCCUCCUCCUCCUCCUUUCUCUGCAACAAGAAAAAAAAGCCACUUACAGGUAUUUGCUUAGAGGAUCGGCGUCUUUAUUUCGGUCCCACCCGCCCUCCCCCCCUCCGCACUCGCCGCCCUUUACAGUUUGUUUACAAGUAUCAAAGUUGUAAUUGAGGAGCUGCCAAAGACACAUCGGGAUUUUUUUUUCACCCCUUUCUUCUUUGUGUUAGGGAGUGAUGUGCAACUAAUUAAAGACAGACAGGCGGGUUAAGCGUCUGCAAAUCCGAGCCCCCCAAAUACAGAGACUGUGCGGACGGCGCCCACCGUGGAGGAGAAGCAUGCCAGCGGCCAGGCUGCCUGAGACCCCUUCGACGACGGCAGAGAUGUCCGCCCGAGAGGAUUAACGGGCACGGCUCGGCUCCUUUCCCCGCCGGCCCCGCCACCCGCCCCGCACCCGUCCCUGCCCGCCCGACGGCUCCAGUGGCCCUCCUCCCCGCCCUGCCCUUCCCUCCCCUGGCCCUCCCCGGCCCCCCUUUCCUCUCCUCCUCCUCCCCCUUCCCCCCCACCCUGUUGCCCCAAGCCCACCCGCACCCCUUGGGCACCAUGAACACCAACGUGUGCGUGGAGACGGGGCCCAACCCGGAGGCGCCGGGGCUGCCCAAGGAGAACCACCUGCCCGACGGCGCGCUCAACAGCCUUGUGGAUUACAACUCGGAGAUGGAGAGGUACCGCUCCUUCGCCACCUUCUACAAGACCAACGGCGGCGCCUUCCCGCAGGCGGCCAAGAUCGCCCGCAUCACCACCCCCAUCUUCCCCAGCGCCGCCGCAGCCGCCGCCGCCCGCAUCGGGAUGUCCCCCUGGAACUGCGACACCGCCACGGCCGCCGCCGCCACCGCCAUGCUCUGGGGCAGCGGCGCGGGAGGCGGCGGAGCCGGCGUCGGGGGGCCCAACCCCGCGGCGGCCGCGGCCGGAGGCGUAGUGGCCCGCAAAGCCUCCUCGGCUGCAGCAGCUGCCUCGUCGGCGGCGUCCUCGCCCGCCUCUUCCCUGCACGCCGCCAGCAGGAGCGCCGGCGGCGGCGGGGGGUUGCACCAUCGGACCGACUCCCAGCGGCUGGCCAAGCCUGGCUGCGCGCCCGCCGAGCAGCCGGCGUUGCAAAUGGCCAACAACAAUUUCCUCUCCUCCCUGGCCCCAGAGCACUGCAGGCCUUUGGCGGGGGAGUGCAUGAACAAGCUCAAGUGCGGCGCCGCCGAAGCGGAGAUCAUGAACCUCCCCGAGCGCGUGGGGACUUUCUCGGCCAUCCCGGCCCUGGGGGGCCUCUCAUUACCGCCCGGGGUCAUCGUCAUGACAGCCCUGCACUCCCCCGCCGCGGCCUCGGCGGCCGUCACAGACAGCGCGUUUCAAAUUGCCAAUCUGGCAGACUGCCCGCAGAGCCAUUCCUCCGCCUCGUCGUCCUCCUCCUCCCUGGGAGCCGCCGGAGGAGGAGGGGGUGGCGGGGGAGGCGGCGGCGGCGGCGCUGGAGGAGGCGGAGGGGGCGGCGGCGCUGCUGCUGGUGGAGGCGGAGGGGCGGGCAACCCGGCCAAGAAGAAGCGGAAACGGUGCGGGGUGUGCGUGCCCUGCAAGAGGCUUAUCAACUGUGGCGUCUGCAGCAGCUGCAGGAACCGCAAAACGGGACACCAGAUCUGCAAAUUUAGGAAAUGUGAAGAGCUAAAGAAAAAACCGGGCACGUCGCUAGAGAGAACACCUGUUCCCAGCGCCGAAGCAUUCCGAUGGUUCUUUUAAGCAGUAGUAUAUCUUAUUUUCAAGGCAGCCUGAAGUGAAUGGCAAGCUAAAGUCUUGUUUUAAGAAACUGCUUAGUCCACCACUGAAGAAUAUAUUCAGAUACUAUUUUCAUUUAUGUAUAGGGGUUUCCUCAAAAACAAAUUCUCAAGUAGAGUGGUCUCCAGGUAAGAAGGGGAAUCAAAGCAGCUCUGUAGAACGCUUCUGGGAUCAAAUUUCCCCGGCUGAAAGGCCUGAACAUAAGAUAAUGCUGUUUCAGCACCUAUCCUGUCAUGUUCACAGUCUGACUUUUUCUGAAUAAUGUACCCUCCCCAUGCAUCACUGCCUUGUGUUUUCAUACUUCUCAGACAAGCCUCUUGCAGUCAUUAAGUCUUCUACCCUCUGUUCAAAUGACCAUAGUUGCAUUAUUUGCAGCUGGCUUCCAUUCUGACUCACCGUCAUUUGCAUUCCUCUCUAAAGGCCCACAGAAUAAGAAAACACUACACAGUAGAGAACACUCACCUGCUUCAAGAGGGCCACUCUCUUAUCAGGAGACCACCAUAUCUGGGGCCCUGGGGAAUUGGCCAGUUUAUCACAUUCAGUACACCAAUUCUUUCUUUGAUGUAAUUUAGCUAUACUAGUGAAGUUGUUGUCUAUUUUUAAAGUGGCUGUAAAAACAAAGUUUGGGUAAACCCCUGCUGUAAAAUAAUGUAUCUUUACAAAAGUACCAUAUCUAUACUUCAUUUUUUCCAAUAUAUGUGUUUCAGUACUGUAAACUGUACAGCUAGCAGCUUGUAUUUUGUGUGUUUAGACACAAGAAGACAAUCACGUCUGAGCGUCUACGGAGAUUAACUGUUUGUACACAACAGUGUGGUUCUGCAGAUUAAACCAGAAGCAAUAAAUUCAAGCUUUAAUUAUUAUUUUUGGCCAGUUGAUCAGUAGCAGCAGAGGCCGUACUGUUUUUUACCAUGCAUCCUUCCUUAGUAACUCAGUGCAAAGGUUUGCAAGACAGCAAAGAUUUGAGAUGCAUUUGCUAGAUACCUUCAAACCAUACUGUUGUAUGAAGUGAAGACAGAAAGCAUAAAAGUUAAUCUUUGUGAGCACUAAAUUUAGAGUAGUGGUCAUGCAGUUGCAUUGCUUCCGAAAGAGCUUUACCGAAUGAGACCCCUCCAAAGCAUGUAUUGUUCAUUGACUGACUUUAUACUGUAUCAUGAAGUAGAGUUUAUAGCAGAGGUGGGCAUACAGAAUCAAUUUUACAGAGAGUUAUAUGACGCUUGUUUUAAAUUACAAAAUGAAAAGAGUAUCGUAUCAGUGUGUGUGGGGGGGGGGUGGAAUCUAUGAAUAUAUUACCUUUCCAUUGAAAGUUGCUUUAUAGACCUUUCAAUAGGAAUUUUUUUAAAAAAUAUAAAGUAUGACAUUAUUUUUGCCCCAUGUAUGGCAUUUAGUUCUUAGACUAGUUUGUAAAUUUAGAUGGAGUUGGAUCUUUUCUGCAGUGGGGCCUGAAUGUCUUUAAAGUGUACCAUUUUCCUUUGAUCAAACUAAAGUUGAAAAAAAAAAGAUCACUUUUCCCUGACCCAGUUUUCCUUUACUGCCCCCUCAGGCAAUCACUUGAACCCUUCAGCACAUAAUUUCAGCUGUAUGGUUAAAACAAAGGACUUUGUUGAUGAGGCUAUGGUUAAAUCAUUCAUAAAUAAAACAAAACAUAUGUAGGACAGUGAAUUUUUAUCUCACAAAGAUCACUUUGUCCCCUCUGCUGUCUCAUCCAAAGCUACAGUCUACAUGUGUAAAUGAUUAAAUACACCUGCCAAGGGUAUUAUGUGCUAGUGAGCAGAUAGAAAAAAUAAAAACUAUGGAGAUAAAAGUGUGUACAAGAAUGCUCCUGGACUCAGUUUUGUUAAGUAUGGCUUGAAUGUGGAGUGUGAGAACUUUCACAAAAUCCUGAAAAAUCUCAGGCAAAUAAUGAUGCUUCAUUUUUUAGAAGUUUGUAGUCCUUGUGAUUGACAGGGGCACUUCCUCCCCCACACACAAAAAGAGAACAUGCUCAUAGUUUGCUAAAGAUCUGUGGUUGUUUGUAUGGGUUUUCCUGUACCUGUAGUAGUGAUGGAUGUUGCAACCUCUAUAUUCAAAACAGUCCAUACUUCCUUCACAUCUUUGCUUUCUCCAAGGAGACAUAUUUAAGACUGCUCAGCAUCACUGAGUUACUCCUUGCUACAUUUUAAGUACCUUUGUUUUACUUAAAUUCACCCCUUUAGGCUCAAAGGAUUGGAUUGUGCUCCCUUUUGGUACAUGCUUGGGGGGUAAAUAUUCCAACCCACAUUUGUGAUAGUGAGUACCAAAACAAGCAAUGGGAAAUAUUGCUGGCUUAAGCAACAGGGUGUAACUUCAUGUAUGCGGCUGUAUAUAUAUUUCUGUUAGCGGUCCUCUUCCUUACCAGACCACUCCCCAACCCAUCACAAGGGAAAAAAUACCCCAAUAUUUUGCAUCAGAAAAAAGGAUGUAGAUAUAUGCAAAACUGGUCAAUUUGCAUAACAUAUUCCUAUUUAGAAACGCAGCCCACCUUGCCACAAAAUGUGGGAUUUUUGACACAGAAUCCUGAUGUACACACAGAAACUGUAAAAAGGCAGCGCAGCGACAAAGCAUUUUCUUUCCAAAUUUCAGCAGUUUGUUUGUUUUCCUGCUUUUCAUUUUGUCCCAGGCCUGAGCAUGAUGACCAGCCACAAAGAUUAUGAUUUCAGAUGAGCAGAGAAGGUUAUCACUAUGAAUCAGUUCAGCUGCCUUCAAAACCAGGAAUUUGUAAUUAGGGUGGGGUUUUUGUUUUAGUAUCAGGGUUUUGUGGUUGUUGUUUUGACUGUUUAACUCCCUGUAAGGGAACAGUAAAGGACAUCAGUUCUCUUUCACAACACAACCAGAACACUGUGUAUCAUCCAAAGCAAGUUAGACCUGCUCAAGCACCAUUGAAAUUUGGGCUGAAUGGAAACAGGUUGGGUUUGACAGUUCUUCAGGGAAAUUCGACCAAGAGGGGUGAAGUGUUCAUCCAGCUUACUGAUAGUCCCGACCACUCUCUUGGUUCUGCUCCUCUUUGGCAGCAUGAUGCUUCUGCAGAACAAAGGCAAGAUUGCCCUCAAUCUGAUUUUGCUUCGUACCAAAACCCUGUAGCCAAUGAGAUUUCGAGAUAUGAUAAUAUCUAAAGCCAAAUCAGCAAAGGUGGUCAUUCUUGCCUUUGUUCUGAGUUGACCAAAGGGUGAGAGAUGGUAUCAAGCAGCAAUGAAGAACAUGGUUGCCACUGAGGCCCCUUCCGCACAUGCAAAAUAAUGCAAUUUCAAUCCACUUUCACAAUUGUUUGCAAGUGGAUUUUUCUAUUUCGCACAGUAAAAUACAGUUGCAACGUGGAUUGA